AUGUCAGAUGUGCCAAGGCGAGCCCAAAAGGCCCGCGUGGUUGUUGACAGCGACUCAUCAAGCCAGGCUUCCGAAGACAACAGCCCCCCAGCCAAGAUCGACCCAAAGGCUAACAGAGUCCGUCAACACUACGCAGCCAUGAAUCCCGAUCGACCUAACGCAGAAACGAACGGAAAGUAUGGAAUGUUCUCUCAGGUUGACCCACGUCUUCCACCGCCUGCGACUCCGAGCAAGACGGUCGCGAAGCGCAAGAGAGCGACCAUGGAUAAGACGGGUAGUAACAAGAAGUCAGAAAUGAAAGACAUAUCAGGAGAGCGAGAGCAGAGUCCAUUGUUCGAGCCGGAGUCUGAUGGACAGCAAGAUGCAGACACUGUUAUGCUGAGUCCGCCUUCGACGCCAUCAGCCAACGUGCGCCUACCAAGCCGUAAAAAGGGAAAGAGUACUGCCACCCCCCUCUCUACCGUCUUCGCUCUCGGUCGCCGUAGACACAAGCCCAUCGUCAUCGAAAGCGGAUCUUCAGGCUCUGACUCUGACUCUGACUCCGACACAAACUCUAACAUCGUCGUAGCUACACAAGAUGACCUCGCGACCAAGGCCACCAAAGAGCUCAUCGCUACUUCUGCUAUGCCUGGAGAUGUCUCAGUCGUUGAUGAGUACAUCAGUAUUCUCAAAGAUAUAGCUACUCACUCCCCCGAGACCGCUAAGCAUUAUCAGGUUAUUGAAACACUCGCCGAAGAAGAAGAAGACAUAUCUCUCGCUCUCGACUGA